UACUAUGGUAUCAUCUAUGGCAUUGUAGUGUGCUGUGCAUGCAUGCCCCGAAAUUUGUUACAAUUAGAAUAGCACGAAAACAAUCAAUCAUUUCGAAACACGUUUAAUAAUCGUUUCGCGAGAUCGGAUUAAAAGGAGACUUUUUGCAGCGUCGCACUUAUCAGUUUCUUUAUUAUUUAGUGGGUCUCCUAAUUUCGAGGAGAAGAUGUCAAAGCGAAGAAUUGAAGUGGGUGACACCGCUAGCAAGAAGAAAAGGGAUCCUGUUCCUGUUGCUUCAACUUUUCCUCCUACUGUAGUAACGCUAAAUAACCCAUAUACAGGAGUGCGUUACACUCAAAGGUACCAUGAACUAUUUAGAAAACGAAUAGGGUUGCCAGUCUUUGAAUACCGAGCAGACUUUAUGCGUCUUCUUGAAGAACAUCAGUGUAUAGUCCUCGUAGGUGAGACUGGAUCUGGGAAAACAACUCAAAUUCCACAAUGGUGCGUUGAGUACUCUAGACAAAUGGGAAAAAAAGGUGUUUGUUGCACACAGCCCCGAAGAGUGGCUGCCAUGUCAGUGGCACAGAGAGUAUCAGAGGAAAUGGAUGUUGUACUAGGUCAAGAAGUGGGUUAUAGUAUACGUUUUGAGGAUUGCUCAUCGGCCAGAACAGUUUUAAAGUAUAUGACAGAUGGUAUGUUGCUACGUGAAGGCAUGAGUGAUCCAAUGUUGGAUGCCUAUCAGUGCAUACUGCUUGAUGAAGCUCACGAGCGUACAUUAGCCACCGACAUUCUCAUGGGUGUUCUUAAGGAAGUAAUUAAACAGAGGAGUGACUUAAAAUUGGUUAUUAUGUCUGCAACUCUGGAUGCUGGAAAAUUUCAACAGUAUUUUGACAAUGCUCCCUUAAUGAACGUGCCAGGUCGUACCCACCCUGUAGAAAUUUUUUACACUCCUGAGCCUGAAAGAGACUAUCUAGAAGCCGCUAUUCGAACAGUUAUUCAAAUCCAUAUGUGUGAGGAAAUUGCUGGUGACAUUCUUUUAUUUUUGACUGGUCAAGAGGAGAUUGAGGUGGCCUGUAAAAGAAUAAAGAGGGAAAUUGACAAUUUAGGCCCUGAUGUGGGUGAACUGAAGUGCAUUCCUCUGUAUUCUACUUUACCCCCUAACCUUCAGCAACGCAUUUUUGAAGAUCCGCCUCCAAAUAAGACUAAUGGUGCUAUUGGGCGCAAAGUAGUAGUCUCCACAAACAUUGCUGAAACUUCAUUAACUAUAGAUGGCGUAGUGUUUGUGAUUGAUCCUGGUUUUGCUAAGCAAAAGGUGUAUAACCCGAGAAUUCGUGUAGAGUCAUUAUUGGUGUCUCCAAUAAGUAAAGCCUCAGCACAACAGAGGGCCGGUCGUGCAGGAAGAACAAAGCCAGGAAAAUGUUUCAGGUUGUAUACCGAAAAGGCCUUUAAAGUUGAAAUGCAGGACAACACAUAUCCAGAAAUUUUAAGAUCAAAUCUGGGGUCGGUGGUGCUGCAGUUAAAAAAACUGGGGAUUGAUGACCUUGUGCACUUUGAUUUCAUGGAUCCCCCUGCUCCCGAAACACUGAUGAGAGCGCUAGAAUUAUUAAACUACUUGGCUGCCCUUGACGAUGACGGAAACCUUACCGACUUGGGGGCGGUUAUGGCUGAGUUCCCUCUCGAUCCUCAGCUGGCGAAAAUGCUAAUUGCCAGCUGUAACCACAACUGUUCAAACGAGAUCCUUUCCAUAACCGCUAUGCUGUCAGUCCCGCAGUGUUUCGUCAGACCAAAUGAGGCGAAGAAGGCGGCCGACGAUGCCAAGAUGAGAUUCGCCCACAUCGACGGCGAUCAUUUGACUUUAUUGAACGUGUACCACGCCUUUAAACAGAGCAUGGAAGAUCCACAGUGGUGCUAUGAUAAUUUUGUCAAUUAUCGCUCAUUGAAGUCUGCUGACAACGUCAGGCAGCAGCUAUCACGGAUCAUGGACCGAUUCAAUCUCAAACGCACGUCCACAGAUUUUACAAGCAAAGACUACUACAUCAACAUAAGAAAAGCACUGGUUAACGGGUUUUUCAUGCAGGUGGCCCAUUUAGAGAGAACUGGACACUAUCUGACAAUUAAAGAUAAUCAGAUAGUGCAGCUGCAUCCGUCAACAUGCUUGGACCACAAGCCAGAGUGGGUCAUAUACAAUGAGUUUGUACUUACCACCAAGAAUUACAUCAGAACUGUCACUGAUAUCAAACCUGAUUGGCUGCUGAGAAUCGCACCUCAGUACUACGACCUGAACAAUUUUCCGCAAUGUGAAGCGAAACGACAGCUGGAAAUUCUUCAGAAUAGAUUGGAGUCACGCCAAUACCAGCAAGGGUUUUAGAUUUAAAUUUAUUAUUCAUAUCGCUUAUGUUUUUGUGGCGUCAUUCCAGA